AUGGCCAUUUUGAUCCAAGAGCAUCGAUUUGAGCGCCAGAGACGACAUAAUCGACCACGGAACUAUGACCCAGCGAUUCUAUUUUUGGAUAUCCUAUUUCGGUGUGUACAUCUGUCGAGGAUGAGGCUAGUUUGUGGUUUAUCAGGUGCAAAUAGAGAACAUAUUGAUUUGUGUGGUUUUAGGUACCUUUUACAUAUGUCAGAUAUCCGUGUGAAUCAAGGGAUGUUGACUGCGUUAGUAGAGCGGUUUCAUUCAAAGAAUAACACCUUCCAUUUACCAGUUGGAGAGAUGAUGAUUGCACCAGAGGAUGUGUAUAGGAUUCUGAGGAUUCUAUUUGUUGGAGACAAGUUUGACUAUGAUUCUACUCAGCGACCGGGUGUCUUAGCAUUGAGACAAAUAUUUCAUGAUGAGACCGUUCUGGAGUGUGCUAUCACUUGGGAUGAUAUGAUGAGUAGAUACAAUGAUCAAUAUCCUCUGGCAUGCGUUCUAGCAGGAGACAUGAAAAUGGCAGGGAAGAUGUUAGAGGAAAUGGAAACGAGGAAUUUGAAACCUAAUGAAGUGGCAUACACCACAAUCAUUGUUGGUUUGUGUAAGGCAGGAGAUAUUUCUAGAGCUCAUUCACUCAUGAAUAAGAUGCUCGAUGAAGGCUUGACUCCUAGUGCAAUCACUUAUAGUUGUCUAAUUGAUGCCCAUUGCAAAAUUGGUGAAAUAGAUAAGGCCUUGAAGCAUUUUUCAAACAUGAAAGCGGUUGGUAUUUCUCCAAUUGUUGAAACCUAUAAUAUAUUGAUUGAUUUUUUCUGCAAGGAAAACAAACUUGACAUGGUUUUCUCAAUGUUGAAUGAGAUGAUAAUAAAGGAUUUGGUUCUAGAUGUUUUUACUUACGACAACUUAUUCCACGACUUCAAGCAAAGACAUGAUCGUGUAAAAACAUUUUGGUUGAUGGAUCAGAUGAAGAAAGAAGGAUGUGCUCCAAGUGAUGCAAUUGUCGGGACACUUAACUAG